AUGGCGAGCCCGGGACACCUGCUGUACGCGCUGGGCCUGCUGCUGUGCGCAGCGGGGACCCUCCGGCUGUCCGCGGCCCCUGCGUCCACCCAGAAGCCCAUCAUCGGAGUAUUAAUGCAAUCAUGCUAUACUAAGGAAAUGAAAAACCUGGGAAAAUACUAUAUUGCUGCAUCCUAUGUAAAGUAUUUGGAGUCUGCAGGUGCCAGAGUUGUACCAGUAAGGCUUGAUCUCACAGAUGAAGAGUAUGUAAAGCUUUUCCGAUCCAUUAAUGGGGUCCUCUUCCCCGGAGGCGGCGUUAACCUCACGAAGUCAGGUUAUGCCCGCACGGCCAAGAUAUUUUACAGCCUCGCCACACAGAGUUUUGAUGAUGGAGACUACUUUCCUGUGUGGGGCACAUGCCUGGGAUUUGAAGAGCUUUCGUAUCUGGUCAGUGGAGAGUUAUUGUUAACGAACACAGAUACUAAAGAAGUCACAUUGCCGCUGAACCUCAGCCAAGGUAUACUGCAGAGCAGAAUGUUCCGGAAUUUUCCUGCUGACUUGUUGCGGUCCUUAGAAUCAGAGCCUCUGACUGCAAAUUUCCACCAGUGGAGCCUCUCCACGAUGAAUUUUACGAAGAAUGAAAAAUUAAAGGCGUUUUUCAAAGUACUAUCUACAAAUACUGAUGGCAAGAUUGAGUUUAUUUCAACAAUGGAAGGGUACAAGUAUCCGGUGUAUGGCGUCCAGUGGCAUCCGGAGAAAUCUCCUUACGAGUGGGGGCCAUUGAAAGGCAUUUCCCACGCCCCCAAUGCUGUGAAGACGGCAUUUUAUUUAGCAGAGUUCUUGGUUUCUGAAGCUCGGAAAAACGAUCAUCAUUUUGAAUCUGUUGCUGAAGAGGACAAAGCACUGAUUUAUCAGUUCCAUCCUGUCUAUAGUGGAAACAUUUCUUCAUUUCAGCAAGUUUAUAUAUUUAAUUGA